GACGGACCGAGAUAAAAUACAACUGUUUUUGCAUCGCGAACUGUCGCUGCCGUCGCUGCACUUUUCCGCUGUAUAUCUGUCCGCGUGUGUGCGCGAUUACGCGGAUAGAUUGAUUAAAAAUUAAAUCCCGCGAAUGUGUGUGCCGCCGUUCAGAGAACCACCAGCAGCAUCAGUUUCGGUUCGUGUGCGGAGUGUGUGACGGAAUUUUCGUCGUAGUUUUCGGACGUCGCUGAUGGUGCACGAAGAAAAGUGAAGUGUUGGUUUGUGUUGGUUACGUAGAACAUUGCUUUUUGACAGACACGGUGGUGGCCAGUCAGACUGCUGCAAUAACAGUGCUCGGGUUUGAAGGUGGAAAGUGUAUUUUUGAGCGGAUUUUCACGGAUUCACCGAGUGAUAUUAUAGGAAUAUCUACCGUCAACAACCGAAACCAUCUAUCGAUUCGAGUUUGCAGCUUGUUUCCGACCACCCAAUCGGCAUCAUGGACACCCCCACGGCCCUACUGGAUGCCGUUACAUGUUCAUCGCUGUCGGUAGCUGGUCCCUCAUCUUCUUCGUCGUCGCUGUCCUCCACGUCGACGGUAGGGUCGCCCUCGGCGGCAGCCAAAGAAAUUUGCAAAUUCUUCAAGAUGGGUUUAUGUCGCUACGGAUCGGCUUGCCGUAAUGCACAUGUCGCAGCUCCGGAAGAACCGGAACCCGGCCCGUCGUUUGCCGCGGAUCCUGGGCCCAGCACCAGUAGUUUCUCCAUAGAUCCACUGAAAUGGAUCAACGCGCCUGAAUUUGUUCCGAAGUUCAAACAGUGGCAACCGUCGGCUGUGCCAGAAGAAAUACUAGAGGCAGAUCAAGACUUCGAAGCAGAAGAGCAUCAACCGCUGCCGAAUUAUGCCGAAGACGAGGCAGCAGCAGCAGAUGACGAAGCUGAAGGUGACGAAGAAUUUGAAGACGAUGAUGCCCCAGCAGCUGGUGGCGGAAUGUCCUACGCCGCAAUUGUCACAAUGAACAACAACCACAACGGUUUGGGAAUAAUUGAGGACCAUGUGGAUUCGGUGCUAUGUCCGUAUUUUGAAAACAGUGGCGUUUGCAUGCUGGAUACCUGUCCGUAUGCCCACGGCGAGAUGUGUGAACUCUGCGGCAAGUUUUGUCUGAACCCGCUGGACAAGGAACAGCAGCGGCUGCACAAUGUGGAGUGCAUCAAACAGCACGAGUUGGACAUGGAACACUCGUUUGCGAUCCAGCGGUCCAAGGACAAGAUCUGCGGCAUUUGUCUGGAGGUGAUUCUGGAGAAGCCAAGCCGCGAGCAGCGUUUCGGGAUCCUGCCCAAUUGCAGCCACAUUUUCUGCCUGGAGUGCAUCCGGACGUGGCGCCAGGCGAAGAACUUUGAAAAUAAGAUCAAGCGGGGCUGCCCCACGUGUCGCGUUUCGUCCGACUUUGUCUGCCCCAGUAUCGUGUGGGUGGAGAGCCGUGAGGAGAAGGAAAAGCUGAUCAACGACUACAAGAAGGCGUGUAACACGACCCACUGCAAGCACUUCAAGCAAGGUACGGGCAAGUGUCCGUUUGGGAACAAGUGCUUCUACAAGCACGCCCUGCCGAACGGUCAGCUGGUCGACGUGGGUGGACCGUCCCGGCAGGCGGAUAGUCGCUUGCGUAUCAGUCACUUGCAGGAUUUCUUCCGCGAAGUGCUAUACCAGCGAGGGCAUCUUUUAGACGACUUCAUGUCGUCCAUCUUCUCCGACACUGAAGAAUCGGACAAUUCCGAUUCGUACGACCUGUACGACAUCUAGUUGCUCAGUCCUACAACAGUAGCAGCAGCAGCAGCAGCAAUAGUCCGCCAGUCGCACCAGCAGCAAACGCACCAGGAUCAGUCGCUGUCGCAUCCGCAGUCACAGCAACCCCCGAAUGGCCAUUUGUGCCAACAGCCGCAGCAGUACCAACACCACCAAUACCUAUACUACUAUUACUACUAUCAACUCUUCACCGGUGGCGGCGGCGAGUCCCGUUUUGGUAGCACCAAUCACAGCAGUAAUAACCGCAGCGGCGGCAACAAUAAUUGUAUUUUCGUCUAUUUAGUCCAUAUUGGAAGUGGAGGAGCAACUCUGGUGGCCGUCGGACCUGGUAGCGGAGAGUAGUAACCGUAACCGUUAAGGCUCAGUGUAUUGUCCGACCGGGUCGUAGGCCUAGAGGUAGUUGCAGGCCACAAUCGGCCCCGCCAGAAGGCGUGCACUAAGUUUAUGUACAAUUAGCGGUCCCAACGCCCCUCCUCCCUCAAUUUCGGUUGGUGGCGUGCAAAUUGGGAAAUCCAUAUUGUUAUCGACAAACAGUUAUCCGCUCGAAAUGCGGGACUGAAUCGGAUCAUUAUUAAUGUAAUUUCGCGUUUUUGUUAAAUUCUGCCUAUUCAAAUCUGUCCACGUUUAAACGUUAUUGAUUAAUUUGCCUUAUUUAUUCAAAAACAUCGUUGGAAUUUCGAUUGUCUGUUUGAAAAGAUUGUGUUGACCUGUAACGAUAGUGCCCUAGAUUUUUGUAAGCUGGCAAGGGAAUGCCCUUUCAUAACAAAGCUGUUUAAAUAUCAUUAUCGUCAUUCAAUUUAUUUGGUAUGUUGUAAUUAGUGUGUAGUAAAUUUCUAAACAAAGUGAAUUUCUAUCGCUAACAGAUAAAUGUUAAGUUAAACGGAAGCCAUAUACCCCACCUGCCUCCCUGGAGACCACCACGCAAGAUAUCGCGCUUGUCCUCCGAUUAAUGGAGGAAAGUCGACGAGUAUCCGCGUAAGCAAUCGUUCGAAAAAAAAGUAGAUUGCCUUCAAAAUUUAGUCCAAUUUUACGUUUAGGAAUCGAUCUGUAUAGUUUUUGUACCUGAGAAACUUCUAAUUCUUCUACCUCUAUUUCUCAUUCCCACUAUUGUUCACUCACUCAAACUCAUUCGUGUAGAAUGGUCGAAGUAGCCCUUGCCAGUGACGUCAAGUGGGGAGUUUAAAUUCGGAAUUUGAUUUCAAACAGUUGGCAGCGCAUUGCCAGGCAGGGCGGACGAUGCGAAAACAAACAUAUUACUAACUACUACGGUUUUGAAAAAUUAUAUAUCAAUGGUAGGAAAAAAGAAACUCAAAUAAACUAGUAUCUAUUUCUAUAUUAGGAAUCGAUUGAUUAUCAAUAGACUCGUUAACACAAAGCAAAUCUAUUCAAAAACCAAACAGAGGUUAGAAUGCGUCAAAUCUGAGCACCACACAUUCAUCAAAAAACGAAGAAAUUACACUGAACAUACAUACAUACUUACAUACACACACAACAUACCAGCUUGAGCAAAAGUAGAAAGAAAUUCAUCGUGAUUACGAGAAGACAGACGAAAUAAGCACCUUCAAGCGCAAGAAAACCCGCUAAAUGCCUAACAAACACUAUUAUGAAUGAUUAUUAAUAAUCAUUAACUAUAUGUAACGGAUUAUUACGAUUAUAUAAACCUAAUAAAUCUUACAAUAAUAGUUGUUUUAGCGAGAAAAAAAAGUAUAUAAACACAGAACACUUUAACAUUAACGAUCGAUGGCUAUCAUCGUCGCCGAAGUCUAAAAUGUCACGUUUGGAAAGUGAGAACAACUGGCUUUAAAACUAAAACUUGCAUUGGCAAACACGAGCAAAACAAACGAAAAACAAAACAAUUGUAAAGCGAUUCCUGGAAUCGGACAGCUACAUGUGUUAUUAGAUUGUGAGAAACAAAGAUAAAGAUGAUAAAACUGAUAAACUUAUGGCAAAAAGUUCAAUAUACAUAUGAUAAAUAUCUACUUAAA